GGCCUAAAAGCCACUGUGACUCGAGUGAAAUACAUCGCGUGGUGGAACGUCUUUGUGAUGUCUGUUCGCCGAAAUGAAAAGGAUCAGAUCCUUUUAUUGAUGGGGCAUGAGUUGGCGAAUUCAUGGGUUCCACAAAAUGAACUCUUAAUUGAACUCUUCUCAAUUGAACUCUUGGGAAACGAACGAUGUGUUUUUUUUGAGACUGUUGUUCUUGGAGGGUCUAACGAAUCCCCCAACGGUAAUGAGGCGGAUAAAGACAAGGCGAUACUUUUUGGUACCACCUUUGCGUUUCCGGAUGAACAGUUGCCACGGUCAAGUCGAUUCAUAUGGUAUUGUGUCGAACAAGGAAAAUUAAUAUCAGAACGACCACAACUACGCCAAAUUGGUAGCAAAGAUGUUGAAGGGGCACUUCAAUGUUGUUGUAUUGUUCCAAACUAUGUUGGUCGAAUAGCCCUUGGAAUAAAUGGUUGUAUAGCGUUGUAUAGUUGGAAUGCUGCGGAUUCUGUUUUUGUGGCCGAGGAAACGAUUUGUAUCGGUACCAUUGUAACACGUGUGUUGCCUAUAUUUCAAGGGGAUGCAUCUUACAUGGUGGCCUUUGACGCCCGCCAUAGUUGCUUUUUUAUUCAGGUGGAUACUAUUCAGGGCAGUCUCGAGAUAGUUGCCCGUGACUCCGAGCCGCGGGGAGUUAUGGAUGGUGCUGUGUUUCAAUUGGGCAACAUCUACAAUAUUUGUUUUGGGGAUGAUUACUACAAUUUUUUUUGUCUCUCUCGUGGUGCAUCGACUUUGCCGAGUGUCUCAAACGCAACAUCGGCUACGGUGUCAAGCGGUAAACUCGAAACAAGUGCACAGUAUCAUUUGGGAGACAUGGUGACAGCAAUGCAACUAGGCAGUUUUGCCCCAUGUUCUGUUACAAAUAUUGCUGUUCCUAUUCCAACUACACUUAUUCCUGGGAUUUGCGGCCCCCAAGUCGUUUUUGGAACCUCCCAUGGGGCUUUUGGUACGAUAACCCCUGUGUCCAAUGAAACAUAUCUUUUCUUAAAGGCUCUGGAGGUUGCUGUCUCAUCAGUAGUUCCAGCUUUGGGAGGGUUCGAGCAUGUCACGUAUCGAGAGGUUCUUCGUGCAGGGCAGGAACGAGGCUAUAGUCGCAAUGCCUCGUUUGAGAAUGCGAACGUCGUGUCAUCAGGGGUUUUUGACAAGCAUCGAAAACGCUAUCUGUCCAGGUGUGUUUGUAGUGGAGAUUUGAUUGAGUCCUUUUUAACUUUUUCACAAACUAUUCAACAGCGAAUACUACGCGAGGCCGAAAGUCGCAUUAAAAGCUGCUAUUUUUCAAUGAAUUCCUCUCUAGGAGAAUUUUUUGAGCACAACGAUUUAGACAAUAGUUUAGCUGAAAGGAGUGAUGCUUGCUUGGAUGAGUGCAAGACCAUGGGUGACGUAAAUGCCCUAUUCUCUGAAAGCGGAUUGCCUACCUUGCCCCUAACACGAGAGGCGGUUAACGAGUUUCUUCAAAAUAUGCAGCGGAUUCACUAA